CGUUUGACCGGGUGUGAGACAGCAGAGAUACGAGUGUUUGGCGAAAUGUCCGCUACAGGGAAAUUUGGCAAAGUGUCCCCACCUGUCAUUUUAGGAUUAGCACUUCGAUGUUUGGAACAGCCGCCGGAUUGUGUAUUCGAAGCGUACCGAUUCGAGUGGAGCAGCACGCAGCAAUAUCAUUAUAUGAAAGAUGUGGUCAGGACGGAUUGCGGAGGCUUCUGGUAUGGUGGCGGUCAAGUGGCCAAUCAGCGAUGGCCGUUGGCACGAGAUACGAACCCGUUUUGCCAGUUCCUGAGUGCAGAUACACUGAAGGUGGCGCAGUCAUCAAUGGAACGGUACUGGCUGAAUUCGAAUAAAUUGGCGAUAUUCGUUGAGGACGGUGUUGCGUUGUGGACAGAGCACUGGGAUGGCAGACUGAGUCUGCAGGCACAGGUCAGGGAUUCGUGUUAUGAGAAUGUGAUGGUGAAGCAGUCAAAUGGCACCCAGACUGAGCUAUACGAUAUUCACGUUAAGGAGUGGUGGAGACGUGACCACGUUGAAAGACUUUCAUUUGGCAGUACAUCGGAGCCUUUAUUCCGCGGGUGCGAGUGUGCCGGAUGA